AUGGCAUUGAGCAUUGAAGGGGUAAACGCUGGACUGCAGAAAGCUCAAGCAAGAGAAUCAGAAGGCUGUAGCGUGAUGUUAUUGUGCCUUUUCGUUCUUCUCUUUGUAUGGCAAUGCUACAUUUCCACUCCUUGGAUAGGUGGAGGCUGUGGACUUGGGCUAGGCCUUGGAUGGGGAUUUGGUACGGCGUUUGGUAGUCAGUAUCGGUCUUCUACGGUUACUUUUCAAGGCAUAGAUUUCGACAGUAAGCAGGAUCACAGUGGAGGUAGGGAGUCCACCGAUAUGUCGAAAGGAACUCCUAAAGUUCAUUCUCCUCAGUAA